AUGAGCCUAAAAAGGGAUUUCCUUUUCAUGGUUUUGUUGGUAGGAAGCGAAGGAUCCGGCAAGUCCUAUUUACAGAAGCGUUUUGUGGUAAGCUAUAAUUAGAGAAAUUUUUUUUCCUUACUUUUCUGCUAUUAUUAAUGAAUAAAUUAUAAUUAAAAAUCGCAUGAAUUAUAAUAUAAAGCAAAAAAAUACCCACUUACUGUAAAUUCUGAAUAUUUGCAUUUUAUUUCUUAUUUAUGAGAUAAAGACUAGGUACUAGAAAGUAUGCAAUCACUGAAAAUAAUUAUUAUUUAAAUUAAUUUUUAGUAAAAAUAUAUUUUUAGAUAAUGAGGAGUUAGAGCUUCACCCUACGACCGGUAUGCAUCAUGCUAUAAAAAAUAUCGAAGUUUAUGAGAAAAAUGUACAAAUCCAGAUUUGAGAUCCUCCAGGCCGUGAAGAGUUUAAGCCAGCGCUGGCUUCUUAUAUCCAAAGGUUUCAGUCAAUUCUUCUAGUUUACGAUAUAACGGACAAGUCCUCAUUUGAGGAAAUUUCUAAUUGGUACUCCUUUGUAGCGUCGAACCGAAAUUUAUACCUUUUAAUAAGACUUAUCCACAUAAUUUUAAAAAAAUUUAUUCAAAUGCUAGUCUAAAAGGUAUUUUAGAAGAAGACAUCGAAAAUUGUGAAAAUUUUUUAAAAAAUAUGAUGGGCGGAAGUAAAAUUUUUUGUCCAAAGGAAAAGCCUCUACAAAUGGAAUAGAAAAUCUCAGUUUUUUCCUUAUUGGCACAAAAAGUGACCUAAAAUCAAGCCGUAAAGUCAGUUUUGAUGAGGGUCAAGAAUUAGCUAAUAAGCUUGGUAUGUAUUUCAUGGAAAUUUCUGGAAAUAAUCGGCACAAUUUAGACACACUAUUUAAGUUUAUGUGUGGAAUUUUGGUGUCUCAAAAAAUUGAAAAUAUCAGUGCAAAAAUUCAAAUGAAGCUUCUAAAGCGUCAAAAAAGAAAAAACACCUCAUGGUUUUAA